AUGGAGUCUUUUAACGCCGUAGAGCUCAGAGAGCUGCGGAGCGGAGCAGGAGGAGGGCAGGGCAUGUCACCAACUCCGCCCUCAGCCCCCUGGACAUCGACCAUAAUAGGCUGCUCUGCCCGGGGGUUUGAGAACGCCUCCUACCGGCAAGACGAGGAGUACGACUACCAGCAGGGGGCGACUGUGUCUGCAGGAUGUCUACCUUCAACCUCAGCCAACUGCAAGGUAAAUGAGACAAAAUGUCAGUUAUUACAUUAAUGUCCAAAAAACAGCUAAAGAGUCGCUUCAAGGCUAAACCCAAAGAUUCCCAGCCAGACAUGAGUUUGAGUUCAACAAAUCAGAGAAUUGAAGCUCACACAGGGUUGUCAGUGCAUGUCAGACAGAGUCUAAUUACACAAUAAGAGAUUAAAUGAGCAACAAUGAUGGUGAGAUUCAUCAGAAAACAUUUAAUCCUCAUCUAAGGCUGAAUAUUUAAUUCUUUGUCUUUUCUUAAAGCCUUUUUUGAUUUACAGUCUUCUGAACAUUUUUGCAUUUGUUUAUGUCUUGAAUGUGAAAGCUUCUCCAAACUCAUUAGAUGACUAAAGUACAGUGAACUGGAUUUUGUUCCUCCUCUCAGGCUGAGCAGCACCAGGAGCUCUCUCCACGGUCGUACGAUGAGGAUGACGGGGGCGGCACUCAGGAGGACAGUCAGGACUUCACUGAGUACAACCCUGCAGACGACCACUCUGCAGACUAUGGCUUCAUCUUCGCCCUGGUGUUCCUGGUAAGCGGGAUUGUCCUGGUGGUCAUUGCCUACACCAUCCCCCGAGAGGCCAAAGUGGACCCCAACUCAGUGUCAGCGCGUCAGAUGGAGAAGCUGGAGAUGUAUUACGCCCAGCUGGGCUCCCACCUGGACAAGUGCAUCAUUGCGGGGCUGGGCUUGCUUACGCUGGGCGGGAUGUUCCUGUCUGUGCUGCUCAUGGUGUCCAUCUGCAGGGGGGAGAUGUACCGACGCAGAGCAGCAUUUGUACGACCCAAGAGGACUUAUGGCUCCAUCAACCUCAGGAUGAAGCAGCUGGCGACGGGGGAGGAUGUGGUCGGCGAGGGUGGGGAGGGAGGUGUGGGAUUUUUGGUUGAACAUGCAGAGACGAGGAAUCAUAUGCAGGCAGGGACGAGCAGGGACUCCAAACCAGAACCAGGACCAAGCAGAACCCCUCCUGCUUCCUCUUCGUCUUUAAAUACUGCACAUGGAGUCGUCUGA